CGCUCUGCCCGACACCGGUGUCGCGCUCUCUGCCGCCUCGCCCCUCAGUCUCGCUAGAGCGACCUCGAGAGCGCACCGAUUCAUUAACGCUCUGUGACGCAACGCGACACACGAAUCUCACAAUGGACUCGAAUUCAAACUCGUCGGAGAUGUGUUGGCCGAAAUUAGAACUAGAUAUGGAGACAGAAAGAGAGAAACGUGACAAGAUUACUUGGAACUCCGAAAACACCAUACGAUUGAUUGAGGUUCUGGAAAAGGAUUGCCGCGAGCUGUGGGAUGUGAGACACCCGCUAAACAGAGACAGAAUAUCGAGACAAUCGAAGCACGAGUAUUUGGCUUGUAUGUUUGGGACUACAGCUGAAGAAAUAAGCAGGAAAAUUCAUAAUUUGAGGACGCAGUUGAACAAUGAGUUGAGAAAAAUAAAGCGUCGUCAGUCGUCAGGGUGCCCGGAGGGGGGCGCGGGGGGAAGCGGCUGGGAGUAUUUUGAUGCCCUCUCUUUCCUCGUCAAGGAGCCGAUCGCGAUGGAAGACAACAUCGAAGGAGUCAAUUUAGCGCUCGCCGAAUUCCAAGCUGAUGAAGAAGAAGAAUUUGGGAUUGCUGCUCGAGCAGCUGCCAUGGAGUCUGGCAGCCCCCCCGCCAGGCCUCGUGGCAGGCUGCGCGUGGCGGCUUCUGCGCCCCCUCCGUUGCCCCCAAGUGCCCACCCGCUAAUGACGUGGCCCGAGGAAGCCGUGCCCAGGCUGAGACCAGGCAUCAGCUCUGACGAGUGUCAGAUAUUCGGCGACUUCGUAGCCUCGGAACUGCGCACCCUGCGAUCUGACGAGUCUCGGAAGAAGCUCAAGCGCAUGAUUCAGAAGGCGAUCCUGCAAGUUGGAGAGGAGGAAGACGUCAACAUCAUCUCCGGAUAGCGGCGUCGAAGUCUCUCAGCCAACUCCUCGGAGUAAGGUUGAGGGGCUUUUCCUUCUAAGAAUCACGCGCAUUCUCACAUUGUAGACUGUAACUACUUAUAAGAUCCUCACGGUAUUCUCGAAAUCUGUAAUUUAGACUUUAGUUACAGUUUAGGCUAUCUUAAUCUUACUACUUAAAUAUUUCGUAAGUCUUUUGCUCCACACGGUAUUUUUGAAAUGUGGACUUUAGAGUUUUAGACUAACAUAGCCUUACUACUAAAUAUUUCCCAAAUCUCGCGCAAAAAAGGUAACAGCGUUGUCUAUGUAUCGGCAGUUGAAGAUAAGACAGUUGCACUGUGGUUGCGGAUUAUGGGGAUCCUCUUUAGAAAGAUUAUCACCGUCCAUCAGGUGAGUGAGUGACGUAAGUCAAGAAUUUCCCCGUUGUGGAUAACAAAAACAGACUUCAUAUUUUAUUAAAUUGUGAAUUCGCUCAAAUUGAAUCUACUCGUAGUUUAUGCAUAGAAUUUUAUAUUGUGUGAGUCUCAAUAUAAUUGAAUCCGUAUCAAGUUUUUUAGACUUUUCUAGACUUAAGACUAGGUAGAAUUCUAGAUUUAAUAAAGCUGCGUGAGUGAUUGUAAGUGAUUUUAUUAAAGGUAUGGUUCAAUUAAGUAUUUUAACGUUUUUAACCGCCUGAAACUGUACUUACGUUAUUGCGUAAUGCAUCUUUGAAAUAAUUCGAAUUCUACCGAAUGCCGGUAUUAUUGUAAUGAAUAAUGUAUAAUGAUUGACUUAAUUAAUAAUAAUAGCACUAUCGUAAUUUGAUCAAAUCUCUUUAUUUUUAUAUUGUUUUCAAAAUACUGUAACGUAAGAAUAGUAAUACUAUAGUGAUAACGCGUGUAUUACUUAUUAAUAAUAUUCAAUGUAUAGCAUGUAAUAAUAUUCAAUCUCAAUGUCUUUUAUAUUCUUUGAUUGUUGUUCUAAUACUACUUUCAUAAAUGUAUAUUAUGAGUAUUUUAAAAUAUCUUUUAUGACUUGUAGUAGGUACACCUAAAUAUUAGUAUAUUUUUUAAAAUGUGAUUAUUUUUCAAUUUUCUAUCUUUAUAAAGACGUAAACAUAGAUAAAUUAACCCUUUCCGAAACAUUAUCGUAGUAGCUACAUACAGACGAAUUCUGUUGCAAAAUCGAAUCUAUUACAAUAACUAUAAGAGCCGUAAUGUUACCUUGAUGUACCGUCGUCCGUAUGUAGGAUUUUCUGAUA